CAGAAUUUACAUGAAGCUGCUGCUGCAGGUCAGGAUGCUGACAGGGGAGAAAAGGAUGCUCAGGUGAAACCAGAUAGAUUUUCUUUUUCUUACACAGUACAGAUGUAAUUAUCCCAGAGGAGAAGGGGGGGCAUGGAGUAAAACCCAGUAGGAGUGCAAUCUUGGACAAAGCGAGCACGUCAGAGUAGCAGUAAUAUUAAGCAUCCAAUGCGCAGAGAUUCUUGCUAGCAGCCUGCCUGAGACAGGAGAUACAAAAGUGCGGAAAGAGAUGUCUACACUGACUGAGUGUCAGCUCUGCAUAGCCACAGCACUUGUCUGGAUCAUCUGCUGUUGUUGUGGCUGAUAAUUUCUGCAUUUUGUUCACAGUUAUGAAGAUUGUGCUAAGGAAAGCAAGCGAGAGCUCGUCAAGCCUCCCGCUGACUGGACACACAGUGUUGUUUCAUAGAUGAGCUAUUUCUGAAUCUGAAGAAAGAAGCAGCAUUUCAAAAAUGGUUACUCAUUAUAUAUGGCUCUCUCUCCCGUACUUAGCUAAUGCCUUUGAGAGAUCAGCAAAGCUUCCCAUCAACAGAAGUUUUGAAGGAUCUUUUGAAAUACCCAGCAUCUCCAGUUUUUUUCUGUGGAAUAACUAUACACUUGCUGACUGGCAGAGCUUUGUGGGCAGGAGAAGAUAUGGGGCAGAGUCUCAAAAUCUUACAGUGAAAGCCAUGCUCAUUGUGGCAUACUCCUUCAUCAUAGUGCUCUCGCUCUUUGGGAAUGUUCGUCACGUCAUCAUCAAAAAUCAAAGGAUGCGCUUUGCUACCAGCCUGUUCAUUGUGAAUCUAGCUGUAGCAGACAUAAUAACGCUGCUCAAUAUUCCCUUUACUUUGGCUUGGUUUGUGAACAGCACAUGGAUAUUCGGGAAGGGGAUGUGUCACAUCAGUAGAUUUGCACAAUACUGCUCCCUCCAUGUCUCUACUUUGACUCUUACAGCAAUCGCAAUGGACAGACACCAGAUUAUAAUGCAUCCUCUGAAACCAUGGCUAUCGAGCAUUGUCUACAUCUCUGUCAUCUGGAUUAUGGCAACGUGUUUCUCCCUCCCAUAUGCUAUUUACCAAAAACUAUUCACUUUUGAAUACAGUGAAGAAGUCACCCGAUGCCUGUGUCUCCCAGAUUUCCCUGAACCAGCUGACCUCUUCUGGCAGUAUCUAGACUUAACAACAUUCAUUUUGCUCUACGUUCUGCCCCUUUUAAUAAUCUCUGCUGCCUACCUAAGAGUGGCCAAGAAACUCUGGCUGUGCAGUGCCAUUGGGGAUGUGACCACAGAGCAGUACUUCACCCUUCGGAGGAAGAAGAAAAAGACCAUUAAGAUGCUGAUGUUGGUGGUUGUCCUCUUUGCUGUUUGCUGGUUUCCUUUAAACUGCUAUGUCGUCCUCCUUUCCAGCCAAACUAUUCGUACCAACAAUGCCCUGUACUUUGCUUUUCACUGGUUUGCAAUGAGCAGCACCUGUUAUAACCCCUUCAUUUACUGCUGGCUCAAUGAACAUUUCAGACUGGAACUGAAGUCUUUUCUCAACAUGUGCAAAAAAACAUCUACCUUGAGAGAGCACAGGUGUCCAUCCACAGUUCCAUCCUACAGAGUAGCCUGGGCAAAAAACAGCAACUUCAAGAGGUCUCUCUCCUAUGUCCUUCCAUCAACCUCCAAUCUCCAGUCAGGGAAGACAGACAUCACUUCAGUUGAACCUAUAGUAGCUGUGAGUUGAAUGAUGCAAUAAAAUGGGAGCACAUGGAGUACGCACAGGGAUUGCAGGUGGAUUUGGUGAAAACUGAUGAGUGUGAUGUAGAGACACAGGAAUCCUUGACUACUUCACUAUAAUGCACACAGAAAUGUGUGUGCUGUUUGUGCAGAGAACUCAGAACCAUAGGAGUCAAUGCAUUCCUAUCAGCAAGAGAGUUAUCUCUUUAAUGCAGACUGGUAAUAUAUCUAUACAGCCUCCAAAGAGAAGACAGAGCAUAGCCAUUGAGAAGGGGGGAAAAAACCCUUUUCUUUGUCAGGCUGACUUUGAACUGGUGGCUAGCAAAGAACUCUCUGUGUAUAUGUAACUAUUAUCUGUCAGUAAUGCUGUCCAAUGCGGUCCUUUUCCCUAGGAGGUUUGUGUGUGUGUGUUGCCUGUUGAGCUAGAACCAAAACACUGAAACCAUUAUCUAAGUACAUUGUGUCUCAGUAUUAAAAAUGUCUUUUAGUGAACACAGGAUUGGUAGAGACAAUUUCACCGUUAUGGUGCUGCUUGAAUCCAGCCCAAUUUAGGACUGACAGAAAGCUGUUACCAUGGGUCACAGGCUGACUGGCUCUUUAAGGCAAGCCAGGCUCAACCUGGCCUAUGACCUAGCAGCCAUCCCCCGCUAAUGGUGAUAUGGUAACUUAAUGCUAAUUAAGUUAGCUGUGAAAGAGUUAGGAGAAGACUGUACAGCCAGGGCGGGAGAGGUUGAAGAGAAGGCAAGACUCUCUUGCAGGCAGGCAAAACUCACAGGGAGCAGCACCGGCUCCUGUGGGGGAAAGCCCUAAGCUAGGGCUACAAGGAGCAGAGAGAUCCCUAGGGGAAGCUGCCAGAGUCCCUGCGGAAGACUUGCUAGUCUUCAGCAGGGAAGGGAGAAGCCAGAGGCCUGAGAGGCAAACGGAGGCCAUGUUAAGCAGAUGCUGUUGGGAAGCAGCACAAGGAGAGAUUUAGAGGUAGGAAGUGGCCAAGGGAAACAGCGGCAUGUCUGAAGAAGCAAAGCCAACUGCUUAAUACAGGGUCCUCUGGGUGGGCCUCAGUUUCCCUACUUGAGGAAGGGGCACGCAAGCCCCACUGCAGAGGCAGAUUAGGCUCAUGUGAGGGCGGCUCAGAGGGAAGGCCCUGAGGACACUUAAGUGCAGCCGUAGAGGGACAGAAGAAUUAUUAUUUGAGUGUUUAGCUUGGACCUUUCCUUACCCUGAAAGAGACUGAACUUAGGUGACUUGGCCAGAGGGCCAAGUCACCUAAGACCUGGUGAGAAGCAGAGGGCCAAUAGGAGGUGCUGGGAAUGAGGAUCCCUUGCAGUGUUGCACUCUGACACAAGGGUGCACGGCAUGUGGUUAGUACACUACGUUGCAUCUUGUAAUGGCUCUUCGUUGGCCUGUGUGAUAUAUGGUUUGGUCUUAGUCCAUUUCCAAGUGAAAAAGUGUCUGCAUCACAAGCGCCAUCACCCAAACUAUCAUCAGAGAUGCAAUAGGUUGGAUGGACAUGGAAAAACGGAACUGUACUAUUACCCAAUAGAUGCUUCCUGUAAGGCAGGGUUGAGGCACACUGAUGGAAGAAACUGUACUUUUAAAAAUACAUAAACAAAAGAUGACGUUGGAAUUCUGGCUGACAGUUCAGCAAAUUUUUCCAGGAAUUUUUUAAGGAAAUCUAGUUACAGUCCCAUAAAAUCAAGUAAAUGAAAGAAUAUUAGGAAGUUCCUAUGGUCAGAGAAUUAAAAUCAGGAAAUCAUUUCUCAGUGCAUUGAAAGUAUUGCACAAGCUCAUUUAGAACAGUAAUGUUUACAAACCAACUUGUAUUUGGUUUAGAAUCUUCUUUGCCAGAGUAUGUUUGCAUCAUCAUCACGGAAUAGCUAAAGAAUCCUGCAACUUACAUCUAGAAUUUAGCAUUGCUCCCUUGCUCUGUAAUGCAGUUGUGUAGCUGUUCUCAGUUCAGAGACCAAAGGAAUAUAUUCUCUUCUAAAAUGCUGUAUACAUUACCUCUUUGAAAUUGUGUACACACAAACUAUCUGCUUUAAAAUAGUAGGACUGCUGGUGCAUGAUACCAGGCAAGGAAACUUCAAAGCCUCCAGAAGCUGUGUCAUGAGCGGUGAUGUUUACCUAUGUGUUCAUAGUGCAGAAAUCUGCUGGCCAUUAUCAGCGUAUUGCUACCCAAAGGUGCCCUGUUCUACAUGAAACACUCAGUAGCUAACCGUAAAAGGAGAGAGAAGACUGUUGUUUUAAAGGAAAAUAACAUGACUGGAAAGAGAAACCAGUUGUAACUGAUGUCCUGUACCAGUUUUUGGUGCCUUUGAUUUGUGCCAAGUUUUUCAUGGCUGUAUAUUUACAGAAAAUAAAAUGUAUGCAACAUUUGUCAGCUAGCCUAUCAGUGUGCACACCACUGUGUUAAACAGAGGGAAUGUCACACCCCCUGGUCUCUCAGGGCUUUCCUUCUCAAGGUAUCAUCCAGCUCUGUCUCAGAGUCAGGCUUUACUCUGUUACUCUCUUGUUAAGGUCCUAAGAGUCAGCAUGUCACUGAUAUGUAGAGUCAGCUGCUUCUAUCACCCCUCCCCCAAGUAUGUGAGCAACCCUCUCUACCACUAACCCCUCCACCACCACCAAUAUGCCAGUCACAGGAAAGUAAUUCUCAGGGGCUGGUGCCAUUACCCCCCACUCGAACAAUAGAUCUUGAUACAUUUGGGGGGAAAUGAACCUUUUGACAUCGGAGUUUAUAGCAAGAAUGUGACAGAAAAAAAUCAGUUGUGGGGUUUUUUUUUAACCCACAAACAUAGCCCAUGGGGCAGAUCCUCAGCUGGUGUAACUCAGCAUUGUUCCAUUGAUUUCCAGUGACUGAAGAUCUGCCCCCUCCCAUUCAUUAAAACUUAUAGUAAAGAGCAUAUAGUAUGUGGGCUGACAGAGGCAAGAGGCUGCCUGCCCAAGCACGUCUCUGGUCCAGUGGAAAGAGCUGGGGAAAAUCAAGUUAAAACAGGCCACCCCUGUGGUCACUGUGGGGACUGGAGCACAGUCCCCUUACUUUGUACCAGUUCCUAUGUGUAUGUAAAAUCAACCCGUUGAAAGCUACCCAUCUCUGCUCCAUUGGGAGUGGAAGACAGGAAGGUACGGGGCUGCAAGGAAUCCUUCUCCAUGUUAAAUGUGUAAAAGUGGCCAAUCCCAUCUAUCAUUUGUUCAGUGUAUUUAUCCUUUCAUUUUUCCCUUCACCUUUGGUUCAUUCUUUCUUGUUGUCAUGUUGAUCUUAUUUUAUUUCAGACACUCUCAUAACCCCUUUGCUGCCAUCCAUCCUCACUCCAUUUUUGCUUAUUUUUCUUCUCCUUCCAAGGUACUGAAAAUGGUUAGAACUGACAUAUCCCCAAGAAAGCCCAAUAGAAGAAGAAGAAGGUCAAAAUCCCAGUCCCCUUAAACAGCUCCUCCUAGAGAUAUCAUUCCCCAGAGGCACCCAUUCCUCCAUCUUUCUCUUGUGGGUUAUGUUGAGGCAAGGGAUCAUGUGGGCGGUAGUUCAAUUGCUGUACAUAAUCCAAUGGCAUUUGGGAAGUUAAAGACAUAACGUGUAGGGGAAGAAGGGAGGUGAUUCAUUAAAGAUUUUGCAAUGGUGGAGAGGGAAAUGCAAGUGUAAGCAGAGUGUGAAUGAGCUCUCCCCUGCAAUCUGGACAUGAGCUGAGGGGAAAGAUUUGAGGAGAAGACUGUAUUGGCAUAGACACAUCUAUUCUGCUGAGGUGUGCAGCAGAUGGAGCUGCUUUUGCCAAAAUGAUCAAUUUUGGCUGAUUUUGGGUUACAAAUUACUCUAGUUUUUGAAUGCACGGGUAAUAAAAUGUUAUCUUUAUUGCACAAGUAAAGGGCAGCAGAGCUGUUCUUAGCAUGCUCUGAUGUAAGGUGUUCACCCUAAACUGAACCUCAUUUGCAAAGCAGGGGAUAGGGAUGCCAAAUCAUAAUGAAGAUGAGAGUGGGUGAGAUAGGAUAUUCCUGUCUGGGGGGGGUGUGGUUCCCCCUCUCCAACAUUUAAUGACAGAGCUGAUUAGACUCUACUGAAAAUCCUUGUUUCAAGUUGGUGGUUCCUGGAGCUGAUAUCAGUGCUGUAUGGAUUGAGGAGUUAGAGCUUGUGUGGGGGCAGUGAACACAGAGACUGCACUGGCUGUGAGGUUCCCCACUACCUGCUGAAAUUGCUGAGAUCUCAGUUAAGUAGUGGAACCUCAGAAUGUGAUGUUGUGGGAGCAGCAAGUGGCAGUGACCAGCAGCAAUAGAGAGCAGUGGUAGCAACAGAGGCAUUGCUUGAUGCUCCCGACUCCCACAGGGGUAGGAAGGGAACCCUGUGAAAGCACCUCUGAACUCUGGGUCUUCGCUAGCCGAGGACAGCAACUGUGAGUGGGAUGCAGAGGAGGGAGAGGGGAGUGAUGUGUUAAAGGGACAUUCGUUUGUUGGACUUUCCCACCACAAGGUGGGAAACUGAGGCAAAGGACACUGCCCAACACACUGUGGGUUUGGGAUUUUUCUUACAGCUGCAUACUUUUGAAUAUGGCUGUGUUGUUUUC